UCUUAUAUCCAACAACUUUGAAAACAAAAUCCAGGAAGCUCUUCGGUUAGUUCGCACUUCUGUAAGUGAAAGGUUCGGACUUUGCGCCUAAAGCAUAAAGAUAAAGGAAAUUCAUCCGUUCGAGAUAAAAGAGAUAGGACAUUUCAGAUUUGUUCCCUAAAUGGGUUUCAUUUGUUGCUGCGUCUCGUCUCCUUCCGUCAGACCCAGAAUUCUCUCGACCCAUUUCUCCAAACAAUCCUCUUCAGCAUCUUCUUCCUUUUCGUCGAUUCUCGCUCUCAGGCACGCCCGAUUUCCGGACAAGAAAGCUAGGUUCUCGUUCAUAUUAUCAUCGUCUUCGAUAAUGGCGACUCCUAUUCAAUCUUCUUAUUCUUCAUCUUCCACUGUCGGUGAAACCAAUGAAAGAGUGGAUGCUGAGUCUAGUGUUUCAGUCGGGGCAAAGGAUUUGCUGAUUGUUGGACCAGGUGUUCUUGGACGAUUAGUGGCAGAAAAAUGGAGAGAGGAGCAUCCAGGUUGUCAAAUCUAUGGGCAGACCGUGACGACAAUUCAUCACAACGAGUUGGAGAAAUUGGGUAUCAGACCAUCUGUUAAAGGAACCGCCUUUACGGACAGGUUCCCUUUUGUGAUCUUUUGUGCUCCCCCUUCACAAUCCUCAGACUAUGCAGGUGAUCUCAGGUUGGCCACGUCAAACUGGAAUGGCGAGGGAUCAUUCUUAUUCACAUCUAGUUCUGCACCUUAUGAUUGCUUCGAUAAUGGGGAAUGCCACGAGGACUCUCCAGUUGUGCCACUUGGCAAGAGCCCAAGAACCGACGUGCUUUUGAGAGCUGAGAAAGAAGUUCUGGAACAUGGAGGGACUGUCCUUAGAUUGGCAGGGCUUUACACAGCUGAUAGAGGAGCACAUACGUACUGGUUGAGUAAGGGGACAGUUGAUGCUCGUCCCGACCAUAUCCUGAAUCUCAUACAUUAUGAGGAUGCUGCAUCUCUGGCAGUUGCAAUCAUGAAGAAGAAACCUCGAGGUCGGAUUUUUGUGGGCUGUGACAACCAUCCUUUGUCAAGGCAAGAGGUGAUGGACCUGGUUGCCCAAAGUGGUAAAUAUGACAAGAAGUUUGAGGCUUUCACAAGCAACAAUGGUCCAUUAGGGAAGAAGAUGAACAACUCAAAAACAAGAGCCGAAAUUGGAUGGGAGCCGAAAUAUCCAAGCUUUGCUCAUUUCCUCGGGGUAUCAAAGUAAUCUGUUGUAUCAAAGUCCUUACAUUUUCCUUCCUUGUGAUGAAAGUGCUUGCAGUUUUGUUCCUGUAGGGUGUCUGGACAUAUACCGAGAAAAAACCCACAAGGGCAAUGCGCUUGUGGUUAUUGGUGAUUACCAGAGAAUUUUAAGUACCAUGAAAAUGGUUUUCCUGAGACAAAAGUCUAGGCAAAGUAAAUCCUGCGUGUUCUGUUU